AAGACAUGGCGUCUGGUGGUCACGACUCUUGAUAAACAAUUUUAUCGGUCGAGACCUGACAAAUUUGGAUUGUUCUAUUGAUGCGGCAAUGUUUAUCAGACUUGACUAAAGUGAAAGGAUGGCCGAAAUCAUUGCUGUGAACAUCUCGGCCACAUCCCCCUCUGCCACCUUCUUCCUGCCCCCAUCUCCUGUCAUCGAAGACUCUGGCUUUCCCCUGGCCUCACUGGACAGUGAGGACUAUGUGUUCGUGGAGGCCAGGCACCCCAACAAGGUCCUGGAGGGUCUGAACAGCCUACGUCUCAACAAUGCCUUCUGUGAUGUGACACUGUGCUGUGGGGGGCAGGAGUUCCCCUGUCACCGCAUCGUACUGGCUUCCUUUAGCUCUUACUUCCAGGCCAUGUUCUCCACAGACCUGAUGGAGUCCAGACAGGAGCGGGUGGCCAUCAACGGAGUGGAGUCCCAGAUGAUUGGCAUGCUGGUCAGCUACGCCUACACGGCUGAGGUGGUCAUCUCCAAGGCCAACGUGCAGGCCCUGCUGGCUGCGGCCAACCUCCUGGACGUGAUGGCGGUGCGCGAGGCCUGCUGCCGCUUCAUGGAGCGCCAGAUGGAUGAGAUGAACUGUGUGGGCAUCCACUGCUUCGCUGAGGCCCACUCCUGCAGGGAGCUGGAGAAACGCAGCAUGGACUACAUCCUCCGGCACUUCGGCAGUGUCUGCCAACAGGAAGAGUUCCUGUCUCUGUGUGCAGACAAGCUGACAGAGAUCAUUGCCAGCGACCACCUGAAUGUGGCCAAGGAGGAGACAGUGUUCGAGGCCACCAUGCUGUGGCUGGACAAGAGCGCCACCCGCAGGCAGAACUUUGAAAAGGUCUUGGAGCACAUCCGUCUGCCACUGAUCAGCCCAUACUACAUCCACGAUGUGAUUGAGUCUCUGGAGGUGGUCCGGGAGUCCCAGCGCUGUCAGAGGCUCAUCUCUGAGGCCAAGGACUACCUGCUGCUACAGGACCGACGAGGAGAGCUCUACUGCCCCCGGGCACGCCCACGUAGGUCCACAGGGACAGCUGAGGUGAUUGUGACGGUGGGGGGAGAGGACGACAAGGUGGUGCUGCGUAGCGUGGAGAGUUUUGACCCCCUCACCAGCCAGUGGAAGAGUCUGGCCUGCCUGCCCUUCGCUGUCAGUAAACACGGCCUGGUGGUUUCAGGCUCCACUCUGUACCUGGCUGGAGGGGAGUUCCCUGACGGCUCGGCCAGCAGAGAGAUGUGGCGCUAUGACCCCUGCUUCGACUCCUGGCUGGAGAUGGCCCCCAUGAACGUAGCCCGCUCAGAGCUAGGUCUGGUGAUGCUGGAUGGCUAUGUGUUUGCGGUGGGGGGCUGGGAGGGCCGUUCCCGCCUGGACUCGGUAGAGUGUUACAACCCCCACACCAACACCUGGCAGUUCAUGGAGUCGGUCAAGAUGGCCGUCACCAGCCCUGCCGUGGUGUCACUGGAUGGUCUGCUCUAUGUCACAGGUGGUGCUGUUCUAGAGGAUGGUGACGGCACAGACCUGGCCCAGGUGUACAACCCUAAAACGUCCGUGUGGACAGAGGUGGCCCCCAUGCAGAUCGCUCGCUCCGGCUCUGCUGCCUGCACCCUAAAGGGGAAAAUCUACGUCAUAGGUGGCUGGCACGCGUCCACAGAGAACACAGACAAGGUGGAGUGUUACGACCCCAAGAGUAACCAGUGGACAAUGUGUGCCCAUAUGAGGGAGAGGCGCUACCGGCCCGGUGUGGCCGUGGUGGACGGCAAGAUCUACGUGCUGGGUGGAGAGGAGGGCUGGGACAGGUACCACGACACCAUCGAGCGGUAUUGUGAGGAGACCGACAGCUGGGAGAUCGUGGGGGAGAUGCCCACCAGCCGGAGCUGGCUGAGCUGUGUUUCUCUGCAGCUGAGGAAGGACGCCCAUGGGGGCAGCCGCCCCGGCACCGCCUCGGAGACCGAGUUCUCUGUGGACUGAGACGGAUGGAGUACUCCAGACAUAGAGGUCCUAGUACCAUUCAUUUCUAUGGCGUCAGACUGCCACCUUUUGGAGAGCUCUGACUGUAUCUCUGCCAAACAGUCAACCUGUCCCUGGCUGUUCAGGUGCUGAACAGAAGUCACUGUGCCACAGAGAAUACCAGAGGGCAGCUAACUAACUUAGUAGGGCUGCUAUUCUGUCUCAUCAUGAGUCUUGACCUUGCCAAGUCACUGCGCCUCUAGGCUUAAGCCAUGGAGAAGGACAGAAGUGUGACUGCCUCAAUGGCAAGCCUGACAAAAGUGGUCUUUAUUUCACCAUGAAAGCCUGUUCACUCACUCAACGGCAUGGGUCCAUUCUGUUGCCAUGGCAAUGUCACUGUGUGUCCAUGGUAACGGUAUCAUUUAGGAUGGAUGACCCGUCACCCACUUAUGGAACCCUCUCUCUUUUAAUGUUACGUGAAUGUUUGGGGUCAGGGUGUUUUAGUAGAACUCAAUCACCUUACAACGGUGACUUAGCAAGAUGUUCUCUCCACAACCAUCGUAGUGUAUUUUUAUGUGACGUUUUGUAUUUAUUUGAUGUUUCUUUGGUUGAGGAUGACCCAUUUUAUUACAAUUGGAAGAUAAUUAUUUCCCCUUUAUAAAAGAUGCUCUUUAUUGGCCAAAGAAUCCAUUGUGAAACAAUAUUUCAGAGACAAAUUAGUGAAAAGAAAGCCAACCAUGUUUGAAGUGUUUUGUUGUCAUGCAAAUUUGUAAGGUCUGUUCUCAAUUGCCUUUUGACUGCCUGUUAUAUGGUUUAGUUUAUAUUUGUCUAAUCGGUAUGCUUAGUAAAUGUUGACUGGGUAACUUUGAGUGAGCUGUAUGACGCUUUCCAAUAGUAAUUUUAAUUCUGUAAAAGUGGAUCAAACAUGUACCAUGAAUUGAAUAAAAGCAUAUGGAUGCCAA